UUGGGAACCCGAGCGUGCAACCCUAGAAGGGAAAAGGACGGGAGGAGAUUGAGCCUCGGCGGCGGCGAGCGAGCGAGAAAGAUCCCGGGUGUUUGUGCGAGAGCCGGGCGGGGGCAGGGGCGAGGGACCGGCAUGGCUGAAGGCUGCGCUCCGCAACCUUGAAAAGCGGCUUCGGCGAAAGGCCGGGGACUGUAAGGCGGGUGCGAUGGCAGAGCGCGGUUUCCGCAGCUGCGCCCGGCCCAGCCGGCUGGCCUGAGCCGCCGGAGCAGCAGGGCUGCCUCUGCGCUUCCAUGGAGCAGCGGGAAGGGCGAAACUCCGGAGCGCCGCGUCCCUGCGCUGUUGCCUCAGACUGUUGAAGGGGCCGAGCCCCCGCGACCGCCGAGACAGGAAAGCAGCGGCUCCAACCCUCAGGCCGGCCGCCCCGGGCGGCGGGGGGCGUCGGAGGGCACCGGAGGCGCACGGAGCGAGCGGCGCCGCGGGAGAGGCCGGUUCAGGAGGCUGCCGCAGCAAUGCCGGGCCCGCUGAGGUUGCUGUGCUUCCUCGCCCUGGGGCUGCGCUGCUCCACGGAGCCCAGCGGCGCGGCGCCGCCUCUCUGCGCGGCGCCCUGCAGCUGCGACGGCGACCGUCGGGUGGACUGCUCCGGGAAGGGGCUGACGUCCGUGCCCGAGGGGCUCAGCGCCUUCACCCUAGCGCUGGAUAUCAGUAUGAACAACAUUACUCAAUUACCAGAAGAUGCGUUUAAGAACUUCCCUUUUCUAGAGGAGCUGCGAUUGGCUGGCAACGACCUUUCUUUUAUCCACCCCAAGGCCUUGUCCGGGUUGAAAGAACUCAAAGUUCUAACCCUCCAAAACAACCAGUUGAAAACAGUACCCAGUGAAGCCAUUCGAGGGCUGAGUGCUUUGCAGUCUUUGCGUUUAGAUGCCAACCACAUAACCUCCGUCCCUGAGGACAGUUUCGAGGGGCUUGCUCAGCUACGACACCUGUGGCUGGACGACAACAGUCUGAUGGAGGUGCCCGUGCAUCCCCUCAGCAACCUGCCAGCUCUGCAGGCGCUGACCUUGGCCCUCAACAGAAUCUCGAGCAUCCCCGACUUCGCAUUUACCAACCUGUCAAGCUUGGUGGUUCUGCAUCUUCAUAACAAUAAAAUUAAAAGCCUGGGUCGACACUGUUUUGAUGGACUAGAUAACCUGGAGACCUUGGACUUGAAUUACAAUAAUUUGGGGGAAUUUCCUCAGGCUAUUAAAGCCCUUCCUAGCCUAAAAGAGCUGUUAUUUCAUAGUAAUUCUAUUUCUGUUAUCCCUGAUGGAGCAUUUGAUGGUAAUCCACUCUUAAGAACUAUACAUUUGUAUGAUAAUCCUCUAUCUUUUGUGGGGAACUCAGCAUUUCACAAUUUAUCUGAUCUACAUUCCUUGGUCAUCCGAGGUGCCAGCAUGGUUCAGCAGUUCCCCAAUCUGACUGGGACUGUCCACCUGGAGAGUCUGACCUUGACAGGUACGAAGAUAAGCAGUAUAUCCAGUAAUUUGUGCCAAGAACAAAAGAUGCUGAGGACUUUGGACUUGUCUUACAACAAUAUAAAAGAGCUUCCAAGCUUUAACGGUUGCCACGCUCUGGAAGAAAUUUCUUUGCAACGUAAUCAGAUCCAUCAAAUCAAAGAAGGCACUUUUCAAGGCCUCAUAUCCCUAAGGAUACUAGACCUGAGUAGAAACCUGAUCCAUGAAAUUCAUGACAGAGCUUUUGUCAACCUUGGGUCAAUAACUAACCUAGAUGUAAGUUUCAAUGAAUUAACUUCGUUUCCUACGGAAGGCCUGAAUGGACUAAAUCAACUGAAACUUGUGGGCAACUUCCAGCUGAAAGAAGCUUUAGCAGCAAAAGACUUUGUUAAUCUCAGGUCUUUAUCUGUGCCGUAUGCUUAUCAGUGCUGUGCAUUUUGGGGCUGUGACUCUUACACACAUUCAAACCCAGAAGAUAAGAGCCUCCAAGAACACAGUGUGGCAAAGGAUAAAGGUCCCGCUGAUGCAGCAGGGGUCACUAGCAGUGCUGAAAAUGAAGAACACAGUCAAGUAAUAAUCCACUGUACACCCUCAACAGGUGCUUUUAAGCCCUGUGAAUAUUUACUGGGAAGCUGGAUGAUCCGUCUUACUGUCUGGUUCAUUUUCUUGGUUGCCUUGGUUUUCAACCUGCUUGUCAUUUUAACAACAUUCGCACCUUGUACAUCACUGCCUUCCGCCAAAUUGUUCAUCGGCCUGAUUUCUGUGUCUAACUUAUUCAUGGGAGCCUAUACCGGCAUCUUAACUUUUCUGGAUGCUGUGUCUUGGGGCAGAUUUGCUGAAUUUGGCAUUUGGUGGGAGAUUGGCAGUGGCUGCAAAAUAGCUGGGUUUCUUGCCAUUUUCUCCUCAGAAAGUGCCAUAUUUUUAUUAAUGUUAGCAGCUGUCGAAAGAAGCUUAUCUGCAAAAGAGAUCAUGAAAAAUGGGAAAAGCAAUCAUCUCAGACAGUUCCGGGUAGCUGCCCUUUUUGCUUUCGUAGGGGCUGCAGUGGCAGGCUGCUUCCCCCUUUUCCAUGGAGGGGAAUACUCAUCAUCCCCCCUGUGCUUGCCCUUUCCCACCGGAGAAACACCGUCGUUAGGAUUUACUGUAACCUUAGUGCUGUUAAACUCAUUAGCGUUUUUAUUAAUGGCCAUUAUUUACACUAAACUUUACUGCAAUCUGGAAAAAGAGGACCUUUCAGAGAACUCGCAUUCUGGUAUGAUUAAGCAUGUUGCUUGGCUAAUCUUCACCAACUGCAUCUUUUUCUGCCCUGUUGCCUUUUUCUCCUUUGCACCGUUGAUCACCGCCAUCUCAAUCAGCCCUGAAAUAAUGAAGUCUGUUACUCUGAUAUUUUUCCCGUUGCCUGCCUGCCUGAACCCAGUCCUGUAUGUUUUUUUCAACCCAAAGUUUAAGGAAGACUGGAAGUUACUGAAGCGACAUAUUACUAAGAAAAGUGGAUUGGUUUCAGUUUCCAUCAGCAGCCAAACUGGUUGUGUGGAACAGGAUUUCUACUACGACUGUGGCAUGUACUCACAUUUGCAGGGUAACCUGACUGUGUGUGACUGCUGCGAAUCAUAUCUCUUGACAAAACCAGUGUCAUGCAAACACUUGAUAAAGUCACACAGCUGUCCUGCGCUGGCAGUGGGUUCUUGCCAAAGACCAGACGGCUAUUGGUCCGACUGUGGCACGCAGUCAGCCCACUCUGAUUAUGCAGACGAAGAAGAUUCCUUUGUCUCGGACAGUUCGGACCAGGUGCAGGCCUGUGGACGAGCCUGCUUCUAUCAGAGUCGAGGAUUCCCUCUGGUGCGCUAUGCGUAUAAUCUACCAAGAGUUAAAGACUGAAUUAAUGUGUGUGUGACUGUAUCCCCCAUCAACCAAAAUCACAGUGUUUAUAGAGUAAACCCUAGUUUGAUCUUUCAUCUGGGAAGCACUUCUGUGAUCACUGCCAGGUGUCCCUUAGAAGAAGGAGAAGGUGGCAGUUUAUUUCUUAAACCAGACAUUUUCAAAGAACAAGUGCCUAAACUAUUAAUCAGUGAAAACUGCAGUGUCCAAGCAAUGUGUGGUCUAUUUGGAACAAAUCUGUAACGUGACAAGGUUUUGUGAAUAUCCUAACAUUACAACAUUAGGUUUUUUUGAUCCAUAAAAAGCAAAAUUUUACCUGUUUCUGAAUUAAGCACAAGGUACAGAACAGCUGUUAAUAUUUUUUUAAGAAUAUUGUGAAAUGUGACUUCAUGCAACUAAAGAAGAAGUCUUGCUAAUUUCACCUAAUGUUUGAUCAUUAAUCUCAGGACAACUUACUUCAGGGCCAAAAAAGGGACCGUCUCCCAGGUGGGGCUGUGAGAGUAAAUGUAGGCAUUAGGUUACUACAUUUUCUGUUUCCAUCUUUGACAUAAUAGAAUCAUACAUUUUCUUGAAGUGAUUUGUAAAUCUUGAAUCCUGAAGAUGUUUUUAAAACAAUAUUAACAACUGUUAGAUUUUAAAAGAAUAGCUGAACAUUUGUUUUUAGUCAUUUUGCAUUGCUUUGGUGCGAUCAGUCAUUUUUUCCCUCAGUGUUUUGUAAUCAUACUACUAGAAAAAGUAAAGGGCUAAUUGCUGUGUGGGUUUAGUAGAUUUGGCUAAACUAACUAAUACCGGAUUUUCAUAGUGUCUGAGGGAUUAGAUGACUCUGUGUAAUGGUCCCAUUAAUAAACACUUCCUAAUAUCAUUGGCUUUACUGAUAUUUUCCAGUUUUGUUGGUAUGUUAUCUACUUAGUUUGAAUUAUACAGAAAGUAAACUGCGGUAAGUAAUUUCAUUUAAUUGAAAGAAACUGGGAAUAAUUAUGACACAAAGCACUUACAUUUAUUUCUUAGGAAGCUGGAUUCUCCUGAACUUAUUAUGCUAUUUCAUAGAAGUUUCCAUACAUUUACCCCAUACUGUAAUUUUCAAAAGAGGCUGUCCACCAAUAGUUCAGAUACUGUGUUUUUGUGAAAUAAGACAAAUAUGUCAUUAAAAAAAAAGGAAUAAAACAGGAAUAAAGCUUAGGCCUUUGUCUUUAAAAAUGAAAAAUUUUACUUGAUUCUCAUCUAUGGACUUCUGACAUGUCACUAUGUGGGGGUCUUAAAGUUAUAAAUGUUCAAUAUGUUUUUGAACAAUAUGCUAAAUCAGUAGCAGGCCCACUGCCAUAUUAGUUAUUCAGGAUAUACUAAAAACACUAAGCUAGGUUGCAGUUUAAUAAUUAAACUGUAUAUACUGUGCAUAUAAUAAAUUUUUAUCUUAUGUAAAUUAUUUUUAGAACACAAGUUGGGAAAUGUGGCUUCUGUUCAUUGCGUUUAAUUAAAGCUACCUCCUAAACUAUAGUGGCUGCCAGUAGCAGAAUGUUAAAUUGUGGUUUAUAUACUUUUUUGCAUUGUAAAUAGUCUUGGUUGUACAUUGUCAGUGUAAUAAAAACAGAAUCUUUGUAUAUCAAAAUCAUGUAAUUUGUAUAAAAUGUGGGAGGGAAAUAUUUACAGUGUGUUGUAAUUUUGUAAGGCCAACUAUUCACAAGUUUUUAAAAUUGCUAUCAUGUUUGUAUAUUUACACAUUGAGAAAUAUUAAAUCAUAACUUGGUAAAAAAA